UUCACCAUAGAGAAAUCUCUUUCUCUAUGACAACGUUACAGUGUACUAGAAUACUUUAACAACGUUGUCUAUGAUUACACUGCAUGUAUACGUUUUCUCGGCCAUUUGCGUUAUUUCUUUCAGUGCGCUCGCAGCCGUUGUCGACUGAAGUUAUUAUAUGAUAGUUCAACUUUAUCUUAACUAAAGACUGAUGAGAUGGAUAAUGAUCAGUCUUAAUGUAGUGUUCUUUUGGAGUUUUCUGCCACACGCAGUCGUAAGUCUCUGACAUGACUAGCACAAGCCGCUUCGAUGCCGUUUACCGGACAGCCUUAUUAUCGAAAUACUUCGUCAAAGGUUGGGGUAAGCCAGACAAUCUUAAAAGGUUAUUCGACUUUAAGAAGAAGAUGACGGCUCGUGAAACAUGCAGCCAACUUGUACCUCAUGAUUACCCUGUCAUGAUCGACAAGAUUGAAGACCACUCAAAUUACCGCAUCUUAGAGGGCCACCUUGUUAGUCCUUUAGUUCAAUACCUGCCUGAGUGUGUGCCAAAGGAAUCGCAUAAAGCUUGGUUCCAAGUCCUCUUGCCAAAAAGAUGGGUAACUGACCCACUGAGACCUGUUUGCAUACACCUUGCUGGAACAGGCGACCACUAUUUCUGGAGAAGAAGAGCUUUAACAUGCAGGCCUCUGCUAAAGGAAAAUGGUAUUGCUUCUAUAAUACUGGAAAACCCUUUUUAUGGUCUAAGAAAACCCAAGGACCAAGUGCGGUCAAAUUUGCACUGUGUGUCUGACAUCUUCGUCAUGGGUGGCUGCCUUGUGCUCGAGUCAAUGGCCCUGCUUCACUGGUGUGAACGGGAGGGCUUUGGGCCGCUUGGCAUCACAGGCAUUUCUAUGGGUGGCCAUAUGGCAUCCCUUGCUGGGGCUAAUUGGUACAAACCCAUAGGCAUCAUUCCCUGCCUUAGUUGGACAACAGCAUCGUGUGUUUUUACGCAGGGUGUCAUGAGUGGUGCAAUUCCAUGGGAGCUCCUACAGAGCCAGUACUUUUCGGACCACGUUUUCCGAGAAGAGAUUGAACAACUCAUCCACACUCCCGAGCAGAAUGCAGCAUUCAAGGCUGGCCAGAAGUUUGCUCGUGACUUCUCAUACACCAUGGAGAGCUACAACGACGUCUCACUAGCGCUGCAGUCGAGCCCUGACGUGCGCCCAGCGGAAGCGCUUAAUUUCAUGCGAGGCAUCAUGGACGAGUGCACGCAUCUGGAGAACUUUUCACGACCUGUAGAUCCCAGCCUGGCUGUAUGUGUGACAGCCACCAGGGAUGCAUAUGUGCUUCGUGAAGGGCUGAAACCUCUGCCCGAAAUCUGGCCUGGUUGUGAGGUUCGCUUCGUCGACUUUGGCCAUGUGGCUGCAUUUCUGUUUAGCCAGCACGUUUUCAGAAAAGCCAUAGUUGACUCUCUGGAGAAGACAAGCGUAAAGUACUACGGACGGUCACUCUUUGAGAGGAAAGAAGAUGCUCCCAUAGAAACACGUACAACUGCACUGCAUGCCGAAGAGACGGAUCAAAGGGCCAAAAAGUCUGAAGCCUAGUUUUGAUCUCAUAGUGGUGCGGCUAGAAUAGACCUGCUGUAUAUUGUGCAAUCACGGGGGGGGAGUUUUUAUACCGUCUGACAACCACAGCCUUUCACAUGAUUGUAAACAUAAAUUGUGUAUGAAAAGGCACAUUUUUGUUACGAUUACACUGAAAAGCCACUCGGCCACCAAGAUUUUGCCGCUUGCUUGUUCAUUUUGGAGCAUUAAUGAGCUUAUAACAAUGAUUACCAAAGCUGAAUUCGUGUGAUGAAGCCAAGAACUUUCGUGCAGUUAUUGCAAGCCAUUAUUUCGUGUUCAAGCUUGAUGUUAUCUUGUACAUAACAGAUGUAAAUACAAUACAGUGCAGUCCACUUACAACGAUAUCAAGAACGAAAAAUUCUAUCGUUAUAACCAAUCAUUGCUAUAUAUAGACUGUCAUAAAAAAAAAAAAAACUGCCGAACCCGCCUUUGUAGUUCCAAAACCAAAUUUGUCAUGCAAAACAAUAGACUUUGCAGAAAGCAGGCUAUGAAAGAUAAAACAUUUAUUUAUACCUCUAGACAGCAUUAGGCAUGCUAAAAUAGUCAUAAAUCUGCUCUUGCUUUCGUGGUAGUUUCAGGUUCACAACUACGGUGUGCAUCCUGUCCGGCUGUUACACGAGCUCUGGUGGCAGUAAUUUAGAGUGCUUGAAAUCAGAAAGACUUGGUCACAACAGUGCAUAUAACAGUCGAGGAUGGGCGAUUGGCAAUCUCGAUGUCACUGCCGCGCUUAUCGUCACAACGACGAUCACCUUGUCGGAGAUCACUUCGCAGGAGGAGUUGCCACUAUCAGCCCUCAGAAACUCCUCCAAUAAAGCACCACCUGUUUCAUAGUAGUGACGGGCUCCCGUGUUGGGGUUUCACCCAUGGGGUGGUCUUGCCCUUGAUCGGAAUGGCCCCUGGUUCCAACCUUGAUGAUCGCAGCGUUCCCAGUUUUCUUGAUCGUCUGUAUAAUCGAUGGCGUGAGCUAUUACUUCCAAGUCCUGCAAAAUUUGCAGGUUCGUCUCAAGCACCACAGCCUUGCGCUUGUCAGCGCCACCUUCUACUAACUGGGCUGUCCGCUCCUCCAUGGUUGCUACCACUUCUGCGGCGCUCAAUGAAAGAGAGAGAGAGAUUGUAGAAAGGGCGGGCGCCACUUCGCUUUUCUUUCUUCUUCUCUUUGAAACACAUGGAGCAUGAUCGUGGGUGACACAGUGAUGAUGAAGAUUUAUUGGCAUUCUCUUUGAAACAGGGCGGUGACAAAUAGUCAACCUAGCCUGCCUGAUUUAAUCAGGUAUUAUACAUUCGCACGAAGUGGCUGGCUCUAGUACGCACCCUUGCAAAUCUCUUGGUGGCUUUCGCACUUGGCGCGUGGGCGGGUGAUGGAAUGCGCUACGCAGUAAUGGAGGCACAAACUCGCGUAGGCAAAUUUUUCACCCCAUCUCAACUUCGUUCAUUUAAGGAAAACAAAGGAACACAAAUCUCAAAAUUACUGCAUUUGCUGUAUUCUAAUGUGCCCCCAUUUUUCGUGACCAAAAGAAAGAAAGAAGAAAAAAAACGCCCUCGAUUGUAACGCGCAUCCGUGUACUAUGACCUGAAGAAAGAAAAGUCCUUUACAAUACCAUGCAUCUCAUUCUUUCUUACAGAAAUACAACUUUAUCUCAUUCGGAAAAAAAAACUAAAAUUUACUCUCAGUGCACUAAAGUUGCGAUAAAUAAAAAAAGUCGCAGUUCCGCCCAAAAGGCAAAGCAUCGAUUAUGAUAGCAAAUUAGUAGACAACUAUACAAAAAGUAAGGAUAGUAGUUUUAUCGGCCAUAUAAACUUUUAAACAUUCUCUUACUAACUAAAUUAACAAGCAUGGUGUCACGCGUGCACAAGCGCUUAACAUCGACAUGUCUCACUCAAUGACCGCGGAAACUCUAUCAAAACGCCGGAGUUAGGAAGUGCGGUAGCAGGAGUGAGCAAAUUGACCUUUGUGUGGCCUCUUGCUUCAACGCAAACUAAGGGACGAGAAUAUGGUGCGCUGCGCACUGUCUCCAUCGCAGAUCACUUUCAAAAUAGGGGCCGCGCCGUAUGUACCAGCUGCUAGAGUCGCUGUAUAUGCCUCCCGCAAGGACAUGGCUCCCUGCUAAAGUUGCUAUUCUAGCAGCUGCUGUUGUAGAAUGCCUCUCUUGUUUGUGCCAGUCCUGCACGCAAGUUUCAGGAACUUCAAACGCCCGUGAUGCGACCAGAUUUCCAUCCGUCUGCGCACACGUGAUCGCUUUCCUUUUAAUUGUGGCAUCUUGAUCAAUUCGGCAUGUCUUUGCGGUCGGCACAUCCAUGCUGAUAGAGCAAACACAGAAAACUGGAAAGCCGGGAAGACUGAUGGUGCAAUAAGCUAAGCCAAAGGAGGCAUUGCCUUAGCACAUGGAGGAAGCUACAGCUGCUACGCUUGAAGUGCGCACGAGGAGCCAUUCUGAAAUGCCGAUGGCGAUGUGGUAAUGCAGAUUUUAGGAUUGUACUCGAUUCUAAUGUACACGCAAUUUUUGGACCCGUUUUAUUGGAAAAAAAAUGCAUGUUAGAUUCGGGUAUAUAUGGUAUUCAUGGAAAAGGCCAUCCAGAAGUGCAGUGAACAACAUACCGUAUUUGCUCGCAUAAUGAUCGCACUUCUUUUGUCAACAAAAUUUACGCAAAUUCAAGGGUGCAAUCAUUACGCGGGUUAAAUUUCCCAUGAACAGAAGAAACGUUUUCUUUUUUCAUCCCGCAUUUGCUGCGGGAUGACAAGCAGGCGGCUGCUGCUGUCAGUGCGGGACACCAAAACAGAUAUGGCAACUGGCAAAGCAAGCCGAGUGCGCCAAGCACGAUUAUUUUUCUUCUUGUGAGUACAUUAUGCGCAUUGGAACAGUUUCUUCCGUAUCAGUAAUGAAUAAUAUCAUUAAUAUCGGCAAGUUUGUGACAGUAAUAUAACGAUGUCCACUUUGAGGGGACAGAAACAGAUGGGCGCGUUUAGCUGCCAGUGACAUAGAAAAGUAUGGCGGGCAAGCUGCAGAAACUGCGGCAUUUGUCUUCUAUCCUAAUGCAGCACGUUUCCGCUAAGGGUGGGCGAAUAUAUUAGCUGUGUUACAAGCAUCGACGAAUGAAUAGGGUGCACUUCUAACGUAUCAGUGUAAACGUGGCCACUAUCGUUGCCGCUCAUGAUUUGUUGCAUACCCACGAGUGCAGACGAGAAGAAUCGAAAGGCGCCCUUUAUGUUGUUGUUGUUGAUCAAAACCAUUAUGAAGCCUACAAAUAAAGCCCAGGCAAGUUUGGUGGUAGCGUUUUUUUUUUUCGUGGAAGUGUGGAAAGUGAUGAAAGGAAUGAAAUUGGGCAUCUGCUUAAGAAUGUUGGAUGCGUGCAGACCGCUUGGUAUGGCUUCAAGAGUCGUUUGCAUAGCAUUCGACAGAUGGUAAGCACGAUCAUCAUUAGCUAGACUUGGCACACAACAUAUCGCUGUGACUAAUUCAGGGUGCGAUCAUUACACGGAAAAGAAAAAAAUAAAAGUUUGACGACGAAACUCAGGGGUGCGAUCAUUAGGUGAGUAAAUACGGUAUUUUUUUUCUCAUAGUCCUAAUGCAUUAGUUGAUGCUCUUUAAAGUAGGCUCAUCGUUAUAACCACUAUAUCGUUAUAUGUGGCAUCGUUAUAAGUGGACUGCACUAGAAUAAUGUUGCUGCCAACAAACAUAUUUGUACAUACAAUGGAGCAACUGUCUGUUUUUUUUUUUUUGUGCCAUCUGUGUUUUUUUAUGGAGCUCUGCUUAGUGCAUGCCACUUGAGAGCUUGCGAGUAUGCUUAUACAUUUGAAAUGCUGUUUUAGCUGCAAGUUAAAAUGAACUCGAGUGUACUUGCAACCUGUGCGAGUAGGCCUUUCAUUGUUACUGUAGAACUGAUGUUUUCAAAAAUAAAAGAACUUUGCGUUUUCAUUUCAAGAAA